GGGAGUAGAGGAAGGGCCCUUCCCGCGGCGCGGCCUCUCCCGAUGGGCCUCCGCCUGGCGGGGCUAUGGCUGCUCUUUACCAGAGCGCGGACCCGUCGGCCUCGGCCUCCCCUAACAAGCUGCUGGCGCUGAAGGAUGUCCGGCAGGUGAAGGAGGAGACCACCUUGGACGAGAAGCUCUUCCUGCUCGCCUGCGACAAAGGUGACUUUUACAUGGUGAAGAAACUUUUAGAAGAGAAUAGCUCUGGUGAUAUGAACAUAAAUUGUGUGGAUGUGCUUGGGAGAAAUGCUGUUACCAUAACUAUUGAAAAUGAAAAUCUAGACAUACUACAGCUGCUCCUGGAUUAUGGCUGUCAGUCUACAGAUGCACUCUUGGUGGCCAUUGACUCAGAGGUUGUGGGAGCUGUAGAUAUACUCCUUAAUCAUCGACCCAAACGAACCAGUAGACCAACAAUUGUUAAAUUAAUGGAACGUAUUCAGAAUCCAGAAUAUUCAACAACAAUGGAUGUGGCACCAGUCAUUUUAGCUGCUCACCGUAACAACUAUGAAAUUCUCACUAUGCUAUUAAAGCAAGAUGUGUCACUACCCAAACCUCAUGCUGUUGGCUGUGAAUGUACAUUAUGUACUGCCAAGAACAAAAAAGAUAGCCUUCGGCACUCCAGGUUACAAUUUCGUCUUGAUAUUUAUCGAUGUUUGGCCAGUCCUGCCCUAAUAAUGUUGACGGAGGAGGAUCCAAUUCUGAGAGCCUUUGAACUUAGUGCAGAUUUAAGAGAACUCAGCCUUGUCGAAGUUGAAUUCAGAAAUGAUUAUGAAGAAUUAGCUCAACAGUGUAAAACCUUUGCUAAAGAUUUGCUUGCACAAGCACGGAAUUCUCGGGAGCUUGAAGUUAUACUCAACCAUACAGCAAGUGAUGAGCAUGUGGAUAAAAGGGGGCUGUUAGAAGAGAGAAUGAACUUGAGUCGCCUAAAGCUUGCUAUUAAAUACAACCAAAAAGAGUUUGUUUCUCAGUCUAAUUGCCAGCAAUUUCUCAAUACUGUCUGGUUUGGACAAAUGGCUGGUUACCGUCGCAAGCACACGUUUAAGAAGAUUUUGACUGUCCUGACAGUUGGCAUAUUUUGGCCAAUACUGUCUCUUUGUUACUUGUUGGCUCCAAAAUCUCAAAUAGGCCGAAUAAUUCACACUCCAUUUAUGAAGUUUAUCAUUCAUGGAGCAUCAUAUUUCACAUUUCUGCUCUUGCUUAACUUGUACUCACUUGUCUACAAUGAAGAUAAAAAAAAUACCAUGGGGCCAGAAUUGGAGAGAAUAGACUAUCUUCUACUAUUUUGGCUAAUUGGAAUGGUGUGGUCAGAUGUUAAAAGGCUCUGGUAUGAAGGCUUAGAAGACUUCUUAGAGGAAUCCCGAAAUCAACUUAGUUUUGUCAUGAAUUCUCUCUAUUUGGCAACUUUUGCUCUCAAAGUAGUUGCCCAUAACAAGUUCCAUAAUUUUGCUGAGAGGAAGGAUUGGGAUGCCUUCCACCCUACCCUGGUGGCAGAAGGUCUGUUUGCUUUUGCCAACGUUCUGAGUUACCUUCGACUUUUCUUCAUGUAUACAACAAGCUCUGUCCUAGGCCCACUUCAGAUUUCAAUGGGGCAGAUGUUGCAGGACUUCGGAAAAUUUCUUGGAAUGUUUCUUCUUGUGUUGUUCUCAUUCACCAUUGGGUUGACCCAACUGUAUGAUAAAGGGUUCACUGUGGAUGAAGAAAAGGACUGUGCUGGGAUUUUCUGUGAGCAGCAAAGCAAUGAUACCUUCCACUCAUUUAUUGGCACAUGCUUUGCCCUGUUUUGGUACAUAUUCUCUCUUGCACAUGUAGCCAUUUUUGUCACGAGAUUUAGCUAUGGCGAAGAACUACAGUCUUUUGUGGGUGCUGUUAUUGUUGGCACAUACAAUGUAGUAGUUGUAAUUGUCCUUACCAAGCUCUUGGUGGCGAUGCUCCAUAAAAGCUUUCAGCUGAUAGCGAAUCAUGAAGAUAAAGAAUGGAAAUUUGCUCGUGCCAAGCUCUGGCUUAGCUAUUUCGAUGAUAAAUGUACGCUACCACCCCCCUUCAAUAUUGUUCCAUCUCCAAAGACUAUAUGCUACCUAUUUAACAGCCUCAGUAAGUGGAUCGGCUCUCAUACAUCAUCUGGCAAAGUCAAGCGACAGAAUAGUUUAAAGGAGUGGAGAAAUCUGAAGCAAAAGAGAGAUGAGAAUUACCAAAAGGUAAUGUGCUGUCUAGUUCAUCGUUAUUUGACUUCCAUGAGACAGAGAAUGCAAAGCACUGAUCAAGCGACUGUAGAAAAUCUCAAUGAGCUGCGGCAAGACUUAUCAAAAUUCCGAAAUGAAAUGAGAGACCUGCUUGGGUUCCGGACUUCAAAGUAUGCUAUAUUUUAUCAAAGAAACUAGGAAUCAAGGUUUUAAAUAAAACGCCUAAAUUUAGACACAUUCAUUGGAAUAUAUUUAUUUUCAGCCCAAAUAAUAAACGAUGGAAAUUU